AUGAGGAUUCGUCCUGUGCAGCUGGCACUAGCUACUGCAGCCAUUGCUCAGCAAGCUCAAACUCUCCGCCCCUCAGAUCCAAACGUUUGCGCCUCCACGAAAAUCGUGAAGAAGCAGAAACGCCAGCCAGUAGUGAAGCAAGCUGACCGAACGAAAAAAGUCUGGAAGAAGAAUUGUCCAAACGGGCAGCGAUGGUGUAUCGACUACGAAACCACGAAGGUAUUCUACACGACCUUCGAGCAAGUGACUGUGGAUGAGGAAGUAACUGUCUAUUCCUGUUGCGCCGGAUGGGCAGAAGGAAGCGAUCCUGGAUGUACUGUACAAGUUUGCGGAGCGGGAGCUUGUUUUCACGGCGGCUAUUGCUCCAAGGAUGGCAAAAGCUGUAUUUGUAAAAAUGGAUGGACAGGAGACCGCUGUGAGCGAGAUAUUAAUGAGUGCGAAGUCGGCAACGGACAGUGCUCGCACCAAUGCUGCAACCUUGUAGGCAGUUACAAAUGUAGCUGUCCACAAGGGUGGAUUUUACUCGAUGAUGAGCGCACAUGCUCUGACAUCGACGAAUGCCAGGAGCGGAACGGAGGCUGUGCCCAUCAGUGUCACAACGUCGACGGAGGCUAUCAAUGCUCUUGCGACGUCGGAUACAAGCUCCACAACGAUCAACGUUCGUGUCUUCCGGUCAACCGAUGCGCGCGAGAUAAUGGCAAUUGCGCUCAAAAGUGUAUUGUGUUGAACGAACACAGCUUCAAGUGCGACUGUGAAGACGGCUUUGUACUUUCAGAAAAUGGACGUAAUUGCGAAUUGGAAGAUCCUUGCCUGAGAAACAAUGCCGGCUGCCAACACAACUGCCAGUCUGUCGGGCAACAAGCAGUCUGUUCCUGCGAUGCUGGUUUUCAACUCGGCCGAGAUGGCAAGAAGUGUGUCGACAUCGAUGAGUGUGCCACUGACAAUGGAGGUUGUUCGUUUAUGUGCACAAAUACAGAGGGCAGCUUCUUCUGUAGCUGUCAAGAUGGUUAUGAAGUGGGUGAGGACGGUUUCACCUGCUACAAGGUUGUGAUCGAGCUCAUUAGCAGAAAAAAGAGAUGUCAACCAGGACGCGACGGAUGUCAACAUUCAUGCUCAGAAGACAGUGGCGAGGCGAUUUGCAAGUGCCGUGAUGGCUUUCAGCUUGAGGUCGACGGUAAAAGUUGUCGAGACAUUGAUGAGUGCGCAACUGGGCGACACAAAUGCCAGCAUCAGUGUCGAAAUAUUAUCGGCAGUUACGAAUGCUCCUGCCGUCCUGGAUUUGCGAUAUCGGCCGACGGGGUUACUUGUGAAGACGUGAACGAAUGUUACGAUCAAAACGGUGGUUGUGAUCACAUUUGUAAUAAUGCUCAAGGUACCUACACAUGCGCCUGUGGAGGAGGUUUCGUGCUUGGUCGGGAUGGACGCAGUUGCUCCAGAAUCGAUAAUGACGAAUUCUCCUAUCACACCUCAUCCUCCUCCCUCUCGUUUUUAUCGUCAUACGACUACCGCUCUAGGCCAGACAAGAACAGCACAAUUGUCCGUCGAUAUUUGAAGACACCUCCUGACCUGCUCACCGGAAUAAUUAUCGAAAGAUGUGCUCCAGGCAAUUUCGGUGAAGACUGCAAACUUACUUGUGACGAGUGUAAAAAUGGCACCUGUUCGGAAAUAGCGGAUGGUUGUAUUUGUAAUCCCGGGUGGGAAGGAGAUCUUUGCGACAAAAAAUGUAACGAGGGAUUUUUCGGACAAGAUUGCGCCAACGAAUGCGAAUGCAAAAAUGGAGGCAGCUGCGACCACGUUACAGGAGAAUGCAAAUGUCCAACGGGCGUUUUCGGCGAAUUCUGCGAAGAUGGGUGCCAGUCAGGUCGCUGGGGCGAGGACUGCCAAAAGCGGUGCAAGUGUGGCCCAGGUGGAGGCCGCUGCAAUCGAAAGUUCGGUGCUUGCUUCUGCGCACCUGGGCGCUAUGGGAAAAAUUGUCAUCUUAGGUGUCCCAAGUUUACGUUUGGCAGCGGGUGCACCGAGAAGUGCUCGUGUAAUAAGCGUCGCUCGUUUGGAUGUAAUCCUGUCAGUGGAAAAUGCCGCUGUUUGAGCGGAUUCACCGGAAACAAAUGCGAAGAUACUUGCGCUAUCGGGACAUAUGGCAGAUCGUGUGCCCAAAAAUGCAAAUGCGCUGAAGGCGUGCCCUGUCAUCCUCGCUCUGGUCGCUGCGUACGUAAAUGUCCACCGGGCCGCCAAGGACUCAGAUGCCAGAAAACAUGCAAUCCUGGUUAUUUCGGACAUAACUGCCGACAAAAGUGCUCAUGUUCGAAGAAAAAUGCCUCUGGGUGCGACGCCCGCACUGGUAAAUGCAUAUGUAAGGCGGGCUUCCUUGGCAACGAUUGCAGCAGCUCUUGCCCAGCUGGUUUUUACGGAAUGAAUUGCAAAAGCAAGUGCACUUGCUUAAAUGGCACGUGUGACAGCGAAGACGGUUCGUGCAUUUGUUCCGCUGGCUUUAUUGGACCGAAUUGUGGACAGCCCUGCGCUGACGAUAGGUGGGGAAUCAGUUGUGUGGCGCUCUGUCAGUGUGGCAAUGGGAAGUGUAAUCCGAUUGACGGGACGUGCACCUGUCCUCCUGGAUUUAGCGGCAAGAAUUGCGAGCGAACAUGUCAAAUGGGCACUUAUGGACAAGGGUGCACCAAAACCUGCCACUGUCAGGGAUCGGAGCCAUGUGAUCCAGUGACCGGUGCUUGUGUUUGCGAUGCUGGUAGAACCGGCGCAAGGUGCGAUCGUCAAUGCCCAGAAGGUUCUUAUGGGGUUGGUUGUGCCCAAAAGUGCUCGUGUCAGAAUGGCGCUAAAUGUGAUCCUAUUUCUGGUGCGUGUUCAUGUUCGCCAGGCUACCACGGCGUAAUUUGUGAACGACCUUGCCCGGAUGGCUUCUGGGGAUUAUCUUGCCGGAAUAAUUGCAACUGUGGAAACAGUGGCAGUCACUGUAAUCAUGUCACUGGUUUAUGCACCUGUUCAUCUGGUUUCUACGGCGAUGACUGCCUCCAAGUUUGCCCCUCUGGUAGCUUUGGCGAGAAUUGUCAGCAAAUCUGUAGCUGUGGCGAAGGCGCUUCAAGCUGCGAUCCAUUCACCGGCGAAUGCCAGUGUAAGCCUGGUUACACGGGCCUCAGAUGUGACAAAUUUUGUGAAAGCGGGAUGUGGGGAUUACGUUGUGAAAACCGAUGCAAUUGUCGAAAUGGCGGUCAGUGUGACGCGCAGACAGGUGUUUGCCAAUGCGCUGAUGGAUGGAUGGGCUCAAAAUGUGAACUGCCAUGUCAAGACGGCUAUUAUGGUGCCGGAUGUUCGACUACUUGCGGAUGUCUCAAUGGGGGUAAAUGUGACGGUGAUGGCCAAUGCAGAUGUCUAGACGGAUACGUCGGCGACCAGUGUCAAUCGCCGUGCGAAGACGGGACUUGGGGUACUGACUGCAAGCAACAAUGCAAAUGCGAAAAUGGUGCAUCAAAUUCGUGUGAUAAUGAAACUGGCAAGUGUAACUGUCUUCCUGGAUGGCGUGGUAAAAAUUGCGAGCUUCCGUGUUUGCCGGGAUUUUUUGGUAAAGGAUGUGAGCAAAAAUGCUCUUGCAAAAACAGCGAACCAUGUCAUCAUGUAACUGGUAGAUGUUCCUGUCCUCCAGGUCUAACAGGCUAUGGAUGUCAUCGGGCCUGCCCCAACGGACGCUUCGGCAUUGCUUGUGAGCAGAUGUGCGCCUGUGAGAAUGAAAACUCAGAAUGCUCUCCAGUUGAUGGAAGAUGCACUUGUUCGUCAGGAUGGACGGGGAAGAAUUGUGAUGAAGAAUGCUCCGAAGGUCUUUGGGGUCCAAAUUGCUCAGAAGUUUGCCUUUGUCCUGAUGGACAGUGCGAUCGAAUUUCAGGGCAAUGUCGAACAUGUGCUCCUGGACAUAUUGGUCCUGAUUGUGAGCAGCGGUGUACAUCGUAUUUUUGGGGAAGUGGCUGUGCACAGAUAUGUACUGCUAUGGCAGCAGAUGCUGGAGCUUGCAAACGUCCUGAUGCUACGAUCAAAAGAUCGAAUAGUGAUCUUUGUGCGAGAAUCGAUUGCGGAGAAGGUGGUUGGUGCGAUGACGGUAAAUGCUAUUGCCCUGCAGGAAGAACUGGAACAAGAUGUAAAGAUGUUUGUCCUCAAGGAACUUGGGGUGUUGCAUGCUUGCAGCAAUGUAAUUGCGGGCUCGGUGGUAGCUGUGACCCCACCACCGGAAGCUGCUCAUGCGGAGUCGGACUUACCGGACCAACUUGCAGCCGUGAAUGCCCCGACGGUACGUGGGGACUGUCGUGCAAAAACAUUUGUCAGUGCCAAUGGAAAAAUACUGAGAAAUGCCAUGGAGCAACAGGAAGAUGCUUUUGCAAAGCAGGAAUGACUGGCGAUCAUUGCACGCAAGAGUGCGAUGAUGGUCGCUGGGGUCGAGGAUGCCAAUCUAGAUGUGACUGCGGUGGAUACCUAUGCGACAAAGAAAAUGGAAAGUGCUUCUGUCCGCCUGGGUUUAUGGGACCCAAGUGCGCCACAGAAUGCACUGGAGGAAGCUACGGGCCCAAUUGCUCGUUACCUUGUCAAUGUGAACAUAGUGCGUACUGUGCAGGUGACACUGGGCGGUGCCACUGUCGACCGGGCUGGGGCGGCCCUCGAUGUCAAGUUCGAAUUAGCUACAUUGCUCGCUGA